GCUGGAGCAGAGAGCUGCAGUGCGCUUGCUUGGAGAAUGCGCAGUGAGACGUCGGUGGAAACAAACAUGGCGGCUGGAAAAUGAAACGAAGCAGCUACGGUUACAUUGCUGAUUUAUCACCAACAGUGCGGUUUUAUCUUUAACCACCUAUAAAGGGGCGAAGGGAAAGAAUCCAAAAUGUCUCGACACAGAAAUGUCCGGGGCUAUAACUACGACGAAGAUUUUGAAGAUGAUGAUCUAUAUGGGCAGUCCGUGGACGAUGACUACUGCAUUUCCCCUGCUACAGCUGCCCAGUUCAUCUACUCCCGACAUGAGAAGCAGGCAGCCUAUGCAGAGCCCCUGGAGGAGGAGUAUGGGGCCGAAGAGGAAAUGCCUGUCUCUCCCAGUCCGAACCAUCACAAACUUGACACUCUUUCUCAAGGGCAGCUGUACUCCUGUCUAGAUCAGAUGCGAACAGUGCUUGGCGAUUCCAUCCCUGAUCCUGUGUUGGUAGAAGCUGCACUCAGCUGCCAGUUUGACCCACAGAAGGCUCUGGACUUAGUGCUUUCUGGGGAAAGCAAGAACACACCAGCAAGAAAUCAGCAAGACAAUGUGUCUGCUGUGAAAACUGACAGAGGAAGAUCUACUGAUCCACCUACAAAUAAGCUUGAUUCAGAAGUUCUUCCUAAAGUUGCCAGAAUGACUGUUUCUGGAAAAAAACAGACAAUGGGAUUCGACGUUCCAAGCACUGAAGACAGUGAUGUUCCUGGAUCUCUACCACAAAGGCCAGCAGCUUCUGAAGACUCCCAGGCUGCAGUAGCUCCAAGCACGCCCUCCAAAGCUGCCAUUUCCGUCCCUUCUAGCCAAAGUGCCGCUGAGGAGGCCCCCGCCGUGCCGACACCCAUCAAGACAUCCAGCAAAGCCAAGCAGCAGAUCGAUGUCAAAGCUGAGCUGGAGAAGAGGCAGGGAGGGAAGCCUCUUCUGAACCUUGUCGUAAUUGGGCAUGUGGAUGCUGGUAAGAGCACAUUAAUGGGUCAUCUUCUCUACCUGCUGGGCAAUGUCAACAAAAGAACAAUGCACAAGUAUGAACAAGAGUCUAAAAAGGCUGGGAAGGCUUCCUUUGCAUAUGCUUGGGUACUGGACGAAACUGGAGAAGAGAGAGAGAGAGGCGUAACCAUGGAUGUGGGAAUGACAAAGUUUGAGACCAAGACGAAGGUGAUAACAUUGAUGGAUGCACCAGGUCAUAAAGACUUCAUCCCCAAUAUGAUCACAGGGGCUGCUCAGGCGGACGUGGCAGUGCUUGUGGUAGAUGCCAGUCGGGGGGAGUUUGAGGCAGGCUUUGAAGCGGGCGGACAGACUCGGGAGCAUGGGCUCCUGGUGCGCUCUCUCGGAGUCACCCAGCUGGCUGUUGCUGUCAACAAAAUGGAUCAGGUGAACUGGCAAAAAGACCGGUUCCAGGAAAUUCAUGCUAAACUCAGUCAGUUCUUGAAGCAAGCAGGCUUUAAGGACUCCGAUGUGUCUUUCAUACCAACCAGUGGACUCUCUGGUGAAAAUUUGACAACUAGGAGUGAAGUACCUGAGCUCACUGCUUGGUACAAAGGAUCUUGCCUUCUUGAACAAAUAGAUUCUUUCAGGCCACCAAAAAGAGCAGUGGAUAAACCUUUCAGGCUCUGUGUAUCUGACGUGUUCAAAGACCAAGGGUCGGGGUUUUGUGUUACUGGCAAAAUCGAAGCAGGCUACAUUCAGACUGGUGACCGGAUCCUGGCUGUGCCUCCAAAUGAAACAUGCACUGUGAAAGGAAUCUCACUGCACGAUGAGCCAAUCGACUGGGCAGCCGCUGGGGAUCACGUUAGUCUCACUGUGACUGGCAUGGAUAUCAUCAAAAUCAAGGUUGGCUGCGUGUUCUGUGAUCCAAAGGAACCCAUCAAAGCCUGCACUCGGUUCCGGGCCAGAAUCCUGCUUUUCAACAUCGAUGUCCCAGUUACACAAGGAUUUCCUGUGUUGCUGCACUAUCAGACUGUAAGUGAGCCAGCCACUAUAAGAAAGCUUGUGAGUGUCCUGCACAAAAGUACUGGCGAAGUACUAAAGAAAAAGCCAAAAUGCCUAACUAAAGGACAGAAUGCACUAAUAGAGUUGCAGACUCAGAGACCAGUGUCCCUUGAGCUUUACAAAGACUUCAAAGAAUUGGGGCGCUUUAUGCUGCGUUAUGUUGGAUCCACUAUUGCCGCAGGUGUUGUCACAGAGAUCAAAGAGUGAUAUGAUACACACCUUCCCAUCUCCAUAGAGCCUUGAGGAGUCCCAGAUGUCAUAGGGAAAAGUGCAAUUUCUUCUGGAAUGGACUGCCAGCAAAUUUUGUCCUGAAUGAUAUUUAUCAUCUUAAGUCGAUGGAUUUUCCAAUGACCAUUGUGACCUCAUCACAGACGUGUGUGAACACUACCUAAUAAAACUUGAACUGUGUUGAAGUUGUGCUGAAUUGCAACACAGUGGCUUAGCAAGGACAUUGACAACAUUUAAACCCAGCUGCUCUGAGAAGUCUAGCAAAAGCAACUGAGCUCCACAGUUUUCUUCAAAUAUUGCAGCUGCAUACACAAUGCAUUUUAAUAAAACAGCCUGCUGCUUAGCCUUUUUGCGUGAAUUAAUUUCUGAAUUGAAGAAUGAUUCCGAUAAUUUUUUUGCGGAAAACGAAAAUACAUUUUGGCUGAACAUUUUAAACUGGGAUAUCACUCCCAGGUUUGAGUAUGAAAUGCCUUACCUGAAUCCAGGUAUAUUUUUUGUUUUGAAGUGAUAAAUAUGUAUCAUACCAACUAUCAUUUUAUGUUUCCAGGCCUAUGUAUACAAUUUUUUGUUGAAGAUAAUGGUAACAAUGCAUGGCAUUUGGGGAAAAAAAACAAAGUUGUAGGGAAAAAAGAAAAUGACAAAAUAUUAAAGACUAAUAAAGUUUCAUGAUGUAAGCAUAAUUAAAGUCCCUUUUAUUUUAAUGUUUAAUGUCUAAGUUCGGAACAAAAGCUCAAAAAUGGUAUUUCCCUGUAAAUAAACAAACAGUACUAUUGAUUUUGUGGACAUUUUCAGAUCAGAAA